AUGUCCUGGGCANCAUCUUAUAUCUCGUUUGCCCGCUUCGCUUCCGACCCUUUGCUCUUGCUGAUUUACGUAGAUGAUGGUACCAUGGUUUCUGCACGGGUCGCUAAUGGCAGGUUGUCGGUGGUGCCUAAUGCCAACUCAUACUUCUACGAGACAUUCACCUGUCAAGCUGCCUCGUCCAAUGGCUACCACGCUAUCAUUUUUCCUCUCAAAGGUCCUGCUGGAGGAUCCUUCACACUCGAGAUUCAGACUAAGAACACAUGUUCUGCCGAAGCCUACCAGAGCUACUUCUACUACGUAUCCGACCUGACCGGCAUAACUCAGACCGUCACUGUGCCGCUGUCUUCUUUCCCUGGUGCGAACUCCAAUGCUAUCACGAGUCUUGUCUGGAGUGGGUUCUCUGGCUUGUCGACCACCUGGGAGUUUGGCAAGAUCCAAUUCGCAUGCGACUCUGUCACUGGCUCCAGUCCUACUUCUCGGUCUAGCGGCGUCACCUCCCGAACCACUUCUCUCUUGACUGUACCUAGCAGUGCUCCAGCUCCUACCGGUCAAUGUACCAGUCUUCUAAUUGAUGACUGGACUUCGCAAUCUCGUUUGACUUUCUUGUAUUACAACGCCUUGCUGAAUCCCAGCUCAGACGAAGGAACUAUGGCAUCUUUUAUCGUCAAUCCGACCAAGAACAGAGUGACAUACAGUCCCAAGGAUUCCAGUGGCUACUUCUACACACAGCUUGGUUGUACCAGCGCCAAAGACCGCUUCGGCGGCAUCUCAAUGCUGCUUAGUGCUCCUGCAGAGACAAGACUUUCUGUCGAGCUCGGCGCUGGGUGCAAUGGCGAGAGCGACAAGCAGACGACCCUUUCAAGCAGCGAUCUUGGAUGGGUCUUCGAUGGGACUGAGAAGCUCUACAAUAUACCUUUCAGCAAGUUCAGUGGCGUGGACAUUUCAAAAGUCGCAACACUGCUGUUUUCUCAGCUGACUUCGCCUGUCACUUUUGGGCCUGUGGCUUUUUACUGUGGCAACACUCCCACAGAGUAUAUUUCCAGCAUCUCCAUGGCUCCUAGUGGUCCCUCCUCGACGGUCCCGGCACCAGCGACUACAGCAUCUGCACUUAUCAUAGACACUUUCGGAAGUCAAGAGAGCAAUGCACUUGGCAAUUGGCAUGGCGCUGACGGAGGCAUGACUUUGAUUUGGGGGACAAACAGAUUGACCAUCCAGUCCAACGACGCAGACUAUGCCUUCUACACUCAACUAUCUGGUGGUUGUCGCAACAUGACCGUGUACGAUCGAAGCUACCUCCACGUUGCCUAUACCGGCACCAAUGCUUUUACUAUCGCUCUGCAGCAGCACAAUCCUGCCUGUGACGAAACUAUAGCGCCUUAUCCUGAGAUGUGGAAUCCAUUUGAAGCUGCCCGUUAUGCCACUGCCACAGACGUUUAUAUCCCCAUGAACCACUUCAACAUUAACAAAAGUCGUGCUAUCGGCUUUGCUCUCAAGGGGUUUUACAAAGCUGAUCCUGUUACUCUGACCAAGAUCGAGAUUGUCAAAUCCGUUCCAGUAACCUUCAAGGUGCCCAGCAAGCUUGCAUCCGGCAACCUCAUCUUUGCAUGCAAACGACCCAACAGUUUCGCGUUUGCCAUCGACGACGGCUCUCCUGAGUACACGCAAGAAGUCCUCAGCAUCAUCAAAGAGGAAAACAUCAAAGUGACGUUCUUCACCGUCGGCGCACCUCUUCUCGAUCCCAGCACGAAGCUCUCCAAUGUACACAACGAGAUGGUAUCAGCCGGUCAUCAAGUCGCUUUGCACUCCUACACACAUCCAAAGAUGGAGAGUCUACCCGAUUACGCAGUCAUCAAUUGGGAGUAUACCNAAAACAUCGCCGCUGUCAAAAAAAUACUGCCUCGUGUAGGCAAUACACGCUACUUCCGACCUCCGUUUGGCAAUGAGGGUGCGAGGACGCGGCGGCGCUUGGCCGUAGCUACUGGAUCUGAUGAGCCAUACAUUGUCAACUGGAGCGUCGAUGUUGAGGACUGGCUGUGGGCUGAGACAGACACGCCAGAGAAACAACUCGAUGCCUUCAAAGGCGAUGUUGCAAAGGGCGGCAAUCUGGUUGUCAUGCACUACUUGUACCCAAGCACUGUGGGCUACCUUCGCCAGUUCAUACAGAUAGCCAAGGCGACGGGUAAGCAGUUGAUGCGUGUUGAUCAGUGUAUGGAGGAUCCUGCUGGACCUCCGUUGUCGGGGAAUGGUGCAUGA